AUGGCAGGGGCCUCUGUAAAGGUGGCGGUGCGUGUUCGCCCCUUUAACUCAAGGGAGAUUGGGAAAGAAAGCAAAUGCAUCAUUCAGAUGUCUGGGAAUACCACCACCAUUAUCAAUCCCAAGCAGCCCAAAGAGAACAAGAGCUUCAACUUUGAUUACUCCUACUGGUCACAUACCUCUCCCGCAGACAUCAACUAUGCCUCGCAGAUGCGGGUGUACAAAGACAUCGGUGAGGAGAUGCUGCUGCAUGCCUUUGAGGGCUAUAAUGUCUGCAUCUUUGCUUAUGGACAAACUGGGGCUGGCAAGUCCUAUACCAUGAUGGGGAAACAGGAUGUAAAGGAUCAACAAGGAAUCAUUCCCCUGCUGUGUGAAGAUCUUUUCACCAAGAUCAACGACAGCAAUAAUGACAACAGCAUGUCCUACUCUGUAGAGGUGAGCUACAUGGAAAUCUACUGUGAGCGUGUCCGUGACUUACUGAACCCUAAAAACAAAGGGCACUUGCGUGUGCGAGAGCAUCCUCUGAUGGGACCCUACGUGGAGGAUCUAUCCAAGCUGGCUGUCACCUCCUACAAUGACAUCCAGGACCUGAUGGACUCUGGAAACAAGGCCAGGACUGUGGCUGCCACCAACAUGAAUGAGACUAGCAGCCGCUCGCAUGCUGUCUUCAACAUCAUUUUUACCCAGAAGCGCCAUGAUGCUGAAACCGACAACACCUCUGAGAAGGUAAGCAAAAUUAGCCUGGUGGAUUUGGCUGGGAGUGAGAGGGCCGAUUCUACAGGAGCCAAAGGGACCAGGCUGAAGGAAGGAGCAAACAUCAACAAAUCUCUGACCACACUGGGGAAAGUCAUCUCUGCACUGGCAGAGGUGGAUUCAGGACCAAAUAAGAAUAAAAAGAAGAAAAAAGUGGAGAGCUUCAUUCCAUACAGAGACUCCGUGUUAACGUGGCUGUUAAGAGAAAAUUUGGGGGGUAAUUCUCGUACAGCUAUGGUGGCUGCAUUAAGUCCAGCGGAUAUCAACUACGAUGAGACCCUUAGCACACUCAGGUAUGCAGACCGCGCCAAACAGAUCCGCUGUAACGCCGUUAUCAAUGAGGACCCCAAUAACCGUCUGGUACGCGAGCUGAAGGAGGAGGUGUCUCGUCUAAAAGACCUCCUUUAUGCCCAGGGCCUGGGUGACAUCAUAGAGAUGACCAAUGCCAUGACGGGGAUGAGUCCCUCCCCGUCUCUCUCGGCCCUGUCCAGCCGUGCAGGAUCCAUUGCCAGCCUCCACGACCGCAUCAUGUUCAGCCCAGGCAGUGAGGAGGCUAUUGAGAGACUGAAGGAAACAGAGAAAAUCAUUGCUGAACUCAAUGAGACUUGGGAGGAGAAACUUCGCCGUACAGAAGCUAUUAGGAUGGAAAGAGAGGCCUUACUGGCGGAAAUGGGUGUGGCAAUGCGAGAAGAUGGUGGAACUGUUGGUGUCUUCUCUCCUAAAAAGACUCCUCAUCUGGUGAACCUAAAUGAAGAUCCUCUGAUGUCUGAGUGCCUCUUGUACUACAUCAAAGAUGGAAUUACUCGGGUGGGUCGUGUAGAUGCCAGCAGUCGUCAGGACAUAGUCCUCAGUGGCCAUUUUAUAAAGGAUGAGCACUGUACCUUUACCAGCACUACUGGUCCAACAGGAGAAGUAGCUGUCAUCCUGGAGCCCUGCGAGGAUGCUGAGACCUAUGUCAAUGGAAAGAGAGUGACCGAACCCACAGUCCUGAAGUCAGGAAAUCGAAUCAUCCUGGGGAAGAGCCAUGUUUUCCGCUUCAACCACCCUGAGCAGGCCAGGGCUGAGAGGGAGAGGACCCCCUGUGCUGAAACUCCUGCCGAGCCUGUGGACUGGGCCUUUGCCCAGAGAGAGUUGCUGGAGAAACAGGGCAUUGACAUGAAACAGGAGAUGGACCAGAGACUGCAGGAGUUGGAGGACCAGUAUCGCAAAGAAAGAGAGGAGGCCAACAAUUUACUGGAGCAGCAAAGACUGGAUUAUGAGAGCAAGCUUGAAGCACUGCAGAAGCAGGUGGACCGCUAUUAUCCAGAAGUCACUGAGGAAGAGGAGGAGGCAGAGGAGGAAGUACAAUGGACAGAAAAAGAGAUGGAGCUGGCUGUGUGGGGCUUCCGUAAGUGGCGCUGCUAUCAGUUCACCUCUCUUCGUGACCUGCUGUGGGGAAACGCCAUCUUCCUUAAGGAGGCCAAUGCCAUUAGUGUAGAGCUCAAGAAGAAGGUCCAGUUCCAGUUUGUGCUUCUGACAGACACUCUUUACUCUCCCCUGCCCCCGGACCUGUUGCCCCCAGAGGCAUAUAAGGACAGAGAGAAACGGCACUUCCCACGCACUAUUGUGGCUGUGGAGGUGCAAGACCAGAAGAAUGGAGCCACCCACUACUGGACAUUAGAAAAACUAAGGCAGAGGCUCGAUCUGAUGAGAGAGAUGUAUGACCGCGCCGCUGAGGUGCCUAGCAGUUCAGCUGAGGAGUUUGAGAAUGUAAUGACGGGAGGCGACCCCUUUUACGACCGCUUCCCCUGGUUCCGUCUUGUCGGCAGUUCCCAUGUCUCUGGCUGUACCAGUAACCCCAUUUUCAACACAUGCAUGAGUGAGCGCAUGAGUGACCUUACCCCGUCCCCGACCCUCUCCAACUCUGAAAUUACUGAGCUGGCCGACUCGCGGCGGGAGGGGCGAGGGGAGGAGGAGGAGUUGGAGGACCUGGAGGAUGAUAUCUUUUUGGACGACCUGUGCUCGGAGCUCGGGGGAGAGGAUGAUGAUGAUGAUGAUGAUGAUGAUGAUGAUGAUGAGGGCGAGCUCUGCCGAGGCUCCAGCGAAGGCCAGGAUCCCUUUUACGACCGCUCACCAUUAUUCAGUGUAGUGGGAAGGGCCUUUGUUUAUCUGAGUAACCUGCUCUACCCUGUGCCCCUGGUUCAUCGUGUGGCCAUUGUCAAUGAGAAGGGAGAGGUGAAGGGCUUCCUCAGAGUGGCAGUGCAGGCUAUAUCAGCUGAUGAGGAAGCUCCCGACUACGGCUCGGGAGUCAGGCAGUCAGGCACUGCCAAAAUCUCAUUUGAAGAUCAACAAUUUGAAAAGUUCCAGUCAGAAUCCUGCCCCAUAGGGCUAUCCCGUACAGGAGUCUCCCAGGAGGAGCUUCGUAUUGUGGAGGGCGAGGGGCAGAAUACAGAAAUUGGACCCUCAGCCGAUGAGGUUAACAACAACACAUGUGCGGCUGGAACAGAUGAGCUGGAGAACCCACUGAAAGCUAGUUUGGAGGGUUCUCUAGAGGGAACGCUGGAGCACCUCAGGAUUGGCAAUGUUUUUACCUUCAGGGUGACUGUCCUCCAGGCUUCUAGCAUCUCUGCUGAGUAUGCUGACAUCUUCUGCCAGUUCAAUUUCAUCCACCGCCAUGAUGAGGCUUUCUCCACUGAACCCCUAAAAAACACAGGCCGGGGGCCCCCCCUCGGCUUCUACCAUGUGCAGAAUAUUGCUGUAGAGGUCACCAAAUCCUUUGUAGAGUAUAUCAAGACCCAGCCAAUUGUGUUUGAGGUAUUUGGACACUACCAGAAACAGCCCUUUCCUCCUCUCUGCAAAGACGUCAUCAGUCCAUUACGUCCUUGCAGAAGACAGUUCCCAAGAGUGAUGCCCUUGUCCAAACCUGUACCUGCCACCAAGCUGACCGCCUUGACCCGCCCCACGGCAGGGCCCUGCAAAUGCAAAUAUGAUCUUAUGGUGUUCUUCGAGAUCUGUGAGCUGGAGGCCAAUGGAGACUAUAUUCCUGCAGUGGUGGACCACAGAGGAGGCAUGCCUUGCUAUGGCACAUUCUUACUGCACCAGGGCCUCCAGAGGAGAAUCACUGUAACUAUUGUACAUGAGACAGGAGGGGACAUUGUAUGGAAGGAAGUCCGCGAACUUGUUGUAGGUCGUCUCCGCAGCACCCCAGAGGCUGACGAAACCAUCAUUGACCCCAACAUUCUCUCUCUCAACAUCUUGUCUACUGGGUAUGUUAGGCCCAUGGAGGAUGACAGACAGUUUCUUGAUUCGGACAUGCCUAGGACUUUCUACCGCUUUGAGGCAGCCUGGGAUAGCUCCAUGCACAAUUCCCUGCUACUGAACCGAGUCACUCCAUAUGGAGAGAAGAUCUACAUGACCCUCUCAGCCUACCUGGAGAUGGAGAACUGCACCCAGCCUACAGUCAUAACCAAAGAUAUCUGCAUGGUGUUUUAUUCGCGAGACACCAAGCUUCCUGCCUCCCGCUCCAUCCGCAACCUUUUUGGCACUGGAAGCCUGAGAGCAGCAGAGGGUAACCGUGUCACUGGAGUGUAUGAGGUCAGUCUGUGUCACCUGGCAGAUGCAGGAAGCCCAGGUAUGCAGAGGAGACGCAGGCGGGUGCUGGACACCUCAGUGGCCUACGUCCGUGGGGAGGAGAACCUGGCGGGGUGGAGGCCUCGCAGUGACAGCCUCAUCCUGGACCACCAAUGGGAGCUGGAGAAACUUAGCCUUCUGCAAGAGGUGGAGAAGACCAGGCAUUACCUCCUUUUGAGAGAGAAGCUGGAGUCCACCUUGCUUAUGAGCCAGGAGUCCCUGCUGUCAUGUGGGAUUGAGGGGCUAAGCGAAACUCCUCAACCCUAUGAUGGUAGUCAGGAUUUCAGUCCUAUCUCUGACAUCCCCACUGAGAGACAGAGGGAGUUAGCUGCAAAGUGCUUGCGGCUUCUCACCCACUCAUUCAAUAGAGAAUAUAGCCAUGUGUGUGUCAGCGCCAGCGAGAGCAAGCUCUCAGAGAUGUCUGUCACGGUGUUGAGGGACUCCACCUCAAUCUCUGCCCUCAACACAAUCACACCCUCCUCAACAUGCCCUUCACUGAUGGAGGGUUGCUACAGCAACCCUGAACUCAAACCCCCUAUGCCUCGCUCCCGUGCCGUCAGCCCAAAUCCUGACUCUCAGCAGGAUGGCGAUGCCAAGAAGUCCCCCAACGGAGCAGCUGAAGCCAAGCCUCGGGCCCGCAAAUUUGUCCCUGAUAUUCAGGAGAUCCGAGUCAGCCCUAUCGUGUCGAAGAAGGGCUACCUGCAUUUCCUGGAGCCACACACUAAUGGGUGGGUGAAGCGCUAUGUAGUGGUGCGUCGGCCAUACGUCUAUAUCUACAACUCAGAGAGAGACACUGUUGAGCGUGCUAUCCUCAACCUGUCCACCGCCCAAGUGGAAUACAGUGAGGACCAGCAGGCCAUGCUAAAGACCCCAAACACAUUUGCUGUAUGUACAGAACAUCGUGGAAUAUUGCUUCAGGCCAACAAUGACAAAGAGAUGCAUGAUUGGCUCUACGCGUUUAACCCUCUCCUCGCUGGAACCAUCAGGUCAAAGCUCUCUAGAAGAAGAGCCGGACAGAUGAGGAUGUGA